AUACAAGAACAGUGUUCGGAGCUAAUAGGAGAGAAGUUGAACAAAUGUCAUAGAGAUUAAAGUGUAGCAAUGUCCCUUGAGAAAACGUUCGUUACGAGGGUGCUGAACCGUCGUAUAAACUAGUGGUUGAAGCGAAAAGUUCACUUAUUGGAAUGGACCCAUCUAAAUUCAACGCAUCAAAAAGCACAUACACCCGGAACUUCGAACUGACCAGUCCUUUUGAAGACGGCUUAGCUAUGAAUGUUACCGAUAUUCCCUCCAAUCAGAAGGCACAGCUCUUAGUUUAUGACAUUCUUGUUCCAAUUAUCGGGGCCGUCAUUGUGCUAGCUAACUCCGCUGUAGUGAUUUCUUCUGGACUGCUUUUGAAAAAAGGGGUGACUCCUAAAAGUACAUACUUGUUUCUGGGAAACCUAGCUCUCUCGGAUGUCUUAACUGGCAUCACAGUACUUGUUGGACACUUCUAUCCUGAUUCUAUUAGAACACAAACCUGCUGUUUGAUCCAACUUGGAAGUAUUGUAAGUGCAUCAUUGGCUUCUAGUUGGAGUAUCACUUUGAUCGGAAUUGACCGUUUUAUCUUCAUAGCUUAUGGGCUUUAUUAUAACAACUGGAUGACGACAAAACGAGCCAGAUUAAUGAUUUGUUUCUUAUGGAUUAUAUGUAUUCUGAUUGGAUUUUCUCCGGCUAUGGGCUGGUCCUUUCCCGUUGAUGGAUCGCAAUGUUGGUAUGUCAUAGUGGCCACACCAGAACACCUUUUAUUUACUGUAAUCAUUGGUAUUUUCCUUCCUCUUGGAGUUAUUGCUGUGUUGUAUACGUUCAUUUUAUACAAGGCCAUCCGCCAAGUGAGCAUUAGGAAGGGCAGCACACUGGAUAAGCCUCCAGAAAACAUUCAUAUGUUUGAAAUCCAGGGCCAGAAAAAGUCAAAAUCUGUAUUGUCUAAAAUAUAUUACUCUAGAGGGCAAAGGCAUAUAUUUACAACUGGCUGCCAAAACCAGGAAAGGAAGUCUCAGAAGAAGUGGAAAGCUAUUAAGGUGGUGAUUUUUACACUCAGUGCUUUUGUGGUGUCGUGGUUUCCCUAUUUUAUUGCUGUGAUUAUCUACGCGAUCGACCCGAAUAUGCAAUUAGCUGUGACAAUGGCUACUGUUUUGGCAGUUCUGGGAUUUCUUAACUCGUUGUUAAAUCCCCUUAUCUACGCUUGGUGGCACCGCGGGCUACGGAAAUUUAUAACGGAAGACUGUUUGUGUAGGAAAAAGAAAAGGGAAAGCUAUCGUCUAGGAGCUUUUAACAGUAAAAAUAAUACGCCCAGUACUUCAAACUCAAAGUUCAGCAGUUCCAGCCCAAAGUCCUCUGUUGGCGAAAAUCAAGUUUCUGGCACAAAACAAGUAUAAUUCCACAAAGCAGUAUUGAAACGCUUAGCAGUUGCAAAAUGUUUAUGUAAUUGUUUUGGCUUAGUUGUCAAAAAAAAAAAAAGAGAUCAGACCGUUCUUGUGCUUGAAAAAUCACAAUAUAUAUGAAAGAUGAGAAUAAAUUGUAUACAAAAACUGUAAGAUGUUAAUGUUCUAAAGACUAGUCGUGUAUAUGGAUCCUUAAAAAAACUAUUAUAUCUUAUUGCGAUAACGACAUUUGUUUCUUGUGGGGUUAUAUCGAAAUGUUAAAACAUUUUAUGUAGAGGUUAUUUUUCUAUUUAGUUUGAAGCUACUUUUGUUAGAAUAAUUAAACCUAUAAAAAACUCCUAAAUAUCAAGUAUCUGGUGAAAUUCAUAAUAGUUUCAAUUAAAACACUUUUCUUAUCAUUAGCUGUUCUUCGGAGGGACAGCGGUAGGUUUACGGAUCUACAACGCUAAAAUUUGGGGCUCGAUUCCCCGUGGUGAAUACAUCAGAGAGCCCAAAGUGACUUAGCUCUAAAACAAACAAUUUAUUAUUAUUAAUUUUUUUAGAAAUGUUGUCUUUUCAAAGUGUAUUUGUUUUAGUAAAGAAGAAUUAUAUGAUUUAUUUUAACUAUAUAUUUUUAGAGAUAAUUUUUACUUCAAUCACGAGAGAAUAGUUUAAUUAUUUCUGGAAAGAAUUAUCUAUGUUAUUUAGAAAUGUUCUGUAUCACUUUUGUUAUUUUAUCUUCAUGACAAUGUUUUAAAGAAGUUUUUACUUACUUUAACUGUUCUUUAUUGUCAUACAUAACCCAGAUAUUUGUUGAUGAGACGUCACUGAGACCGAUAGUUUAAUUAACUGAAACACCUGCCGGUAAAUGGAGUCGCGACUUUGAAUCCCGCUUAGGUAUCAUUUUCACUUCUUUAAUUCAACAACUAGAAUUUAUUUAACUAGAAUAUAUCCUCAUUUAAUUUGACAUUAGUUUUCAUGAAGGUGCUGUAAUAAUUCAGAUAGAAACUUAUAAUAUCACGAAUUUAUAAAUAGCAUUGCUAUGAAAGCGAAACUUGUAAGAAUUGGAUCAACGGAAUACGUCAGUGAAUAAGCUGUCUUAACAUUAUCGAGGCAAUUGACAUUUUACAAUAUACUAUUGCAUUUUAAUUUAAGGAAGUAACGUACUCAUUUUGGUGUCAAGAAGUGUUCCAUACGAGAUGACUUAGGGUAAGUGUUUCAUAAAAUAUUAGCUCUGAUAUGUGUUUUAGUAACUGCACAGAGGUCGCUUCUGUAGUGUGAGCCGAAGAAGAUUUUAGGAUUAUCAUGACGUGCGUUAAAAAAAAUAGUGGUGUGGCCUCUCAGUUGAUAUGUGUGUAAAAAAAGAGCUUAAGUCAUUUAGACAUGCUCCACAUGAUGGUCGAAAUUUGAUUCUUGUCCAGUGUUAUCAUGAAAACAAGAUUAACGUUAAUAAACAGUGUGAGAAGACAAAAGUUUUAUGCGCUUAAAGUAAUGUAGCUCCAUGACAACACAAGAAGAAAGAAUUGUUAUUGUUUGCAGUUAAGCACAAAUCUACACAAAGGGCUAUCUGUGUUCUGCCCACCACGGGUAUCGAAACCCCGUUUCUAGCGUUGUAAGUCCGCAGACAUACCGCUAUGCCACUGUGGGGCAGAGGAAAGAAGCUCUGAAGACAUAUGUUAAUCUUUUCAGGAUGAUUCUCUUCAUUUACAUGACACUGAACUUUGCCGAUUUCCAUUGAUAUGUAAUGAAUAUGUUUUUCUCAUUUACGUUUAAGGUUGUAAAUAAA